AUAACACUUCAGUAUUGACAAAUCGCCUAUCGAUCUCCAUACUAACUCAAUCAAAAACGUGUUUGAAUACAAUUUUAAAUGCGUGUUCAAGUGUGGGUUAGAAUAUUCUGUGAUCUAUGAAAUGGAUAUUCCUUUGAGGAACAGGAAUAGAAAUGAAAGGAUCUAUGCUAAUACUAAUAUUCCUCCAGUGUACAUCGGGGUGCCGACAGCGGAGCCCCGAGGGAAGAGCCGGCCGUGGAAGCGGGCGGUCCAUGAAAUUAGCAGAAAGGGGACACAUUUGUAUGAACCCGUAAAAUCCGUCCCCUCAGCAUUCCUGGUGCUACUCCUGGCAGGGUACCUGCUGCUGGGGUACCUCGCGCAGCUGAUCGAGGACGACCUGGCACACCCUGUAGCUGACGCGGACAUCGCACACGGUGACCCCACAUCAUUCAGCGAAGAAAGCGCCCAAAGGUACCUGAAUCAGCUCGUCGGUGACCAGCCCCGGGUGGCCGGCACUCCGUAUCACCUGCAGAAGAGUUCAGAGCUCAAGGGUAUACUGGACGGUAUCGCUGAACAAGCGGCUGUGCCUGUGAGGACUGACUGGCAGAUACAAGGGGGAGCUUUCCUGAGAACCGGGUCUACACCGCAUAUAACAGCGUACGCGGACGCAUCUAACCUCGUCGCCAUGAUAGAGGGCGAGCCGACACAACCGGCCGGCAGGGCGGACCGAUCCAUACUGGUCAACUGCCAUUACGAUUCCGUGCCGUUUGCUCUGGGUGCAUCAGACAACGCGGCGUUCUGUGCCGUCAUGCUGGAAACAAUGAACAGAAUGUCCAGAAGAAAGCAAAGAUACAAGAAUAAUGUCAUUUUCCUCUUCAAUGGGGCUGAAGAAGUUGGAUUGCAGGGUAGCUACGCGUUCGUGAACCACACGUGGUUCAAGGAAGUAAAAGCUGUGAUAAACCUAGAUUCUGUCGGGAUCAAUGGAAAACCAAAUUUGUUUCAGGCGACAAACUCCAAGCUGCUAGACUCCUACCGGCGUCGCGUGCGCAGGCCCAACGCGCAUGCGCUGGGCGAGCUGCUGUUCCACUCGGGGCUGGUACCCUCGGAUACUGACUUCAGGGUAUGGAGCAGCUUUGGAGGGUUACAGGGCAUAGACAUAGCGUUCUUCAAGUCGGGGCACGUGUACCACACCCGCCUCGACCGCCCCCCCUCCCUGCGCGGGGGGGUGCUCCAGACCGCGGGGGACGCGGUGCUGGGGCUGCUGGCGGACGCUGCUGAUGAUGAGGGCAUCGGGGAGCAGUCGGAGGCGACUACGUCAGUCUACUUCGACUACCUCAACAUAUACCUGUUCGUGUACUCCGAGCGAGCCUCCUACUACGUGGACGUGGUGGUCGCGGUGGCGGCGGUAGUCAGCGUGGUUUACUACAUGUGGCUUGUUGGGUUCCAUCGAGCGAACAUGCUAGACCUGGCUCUGUGUACGGUCGGCAGAAUAGCUGCGAUGGCCGGCGGGGUGCUGUUGCUGGCUGUACUAGUGCCCUUUAUGAUCGCUACCACUGUGCAAAUGAGAUAUCUUACUCAGCCGUGGAUUGUGGUUCCAAUAUUUUGGGUUCCAUUUUUUGUCGGCGCCAUCACUGCCUCUCAGCUGUUUGAUGCUUGGACCUCUAAAAAGACAGGUUUAAACCGCUCAAUCCGCACUAUCCAAGCGAUGGCCGCCACUCGACUGAUCCUCGCGUUCAUACUUCUAGUAUUACUCUGCGUGCCUGGUACCCACCAGCUCAGAUACAUACUGUCAGUUCCGCUGCUGUUUAUGUCUGUCUGUGCGUGUGUUAGCAUGACUGUGCUGAGGAUGUGGAGAUUGGAAGGCUGGCACCACCUCCUUCUAGAAGUAGCCCUAUCAGUUCCUUCUAUCCUGUGGCUGUUUGCCGUGUCUAUCCGAGUGAAUGCUCUGAUUCUGCCCGUCAUGGGCCGGACUGUCACGGACUACCCCGACUUGUUGGUGGCUGCCGUCAAUGUGGCCCUGAUUGUACUAGCGUGUGUGCCUGUUUCAGGCACAGAGCUGCUGUUCUCCCGGCGCUUCGCGUGGGCUCCGCUAGCGGCCGCGCUGUGUGCCAGCCUGGCCCUCAUGCUGGUGCCCUUCAGCGUCUACAGUGAUGACGUGGUGCAGCGGCACUAUUGGUUUCACACAGAAAUCAAAAGCUACAACUACCAGGGAGUCAUAACCGACAGGACGUCAGGCGUGCUAAUCACUAGGCACGACGCCUACACCAUAGAGCACGCUAGGAGGGCUCUGCAGGGCAGUGGAUAUGCCAUGUCGGAGAUACGCGGGUGUGAAGUGGAAGUGUAUUGCAAUCUACCGCUGUAUAGGCCCCGGUAUGGGGAUACUUUGAAAGACUCCCUGUUCCUGUCCAUGGAUCCUCCAGCCGCUUUCGACUUCGAGCCGAGCUUCCGACUCACGCAGAAACACUGCUUCGGGGAGACUUGCUGGUUCACGUUCGAUUUCAUUGGAGGCCCCCACAACACGAUCACCGUGCAUCCAGCAGCGCACACAAACAUCACCCGCUGGGUGUACCCCUCCCCCCUCGCGCACUUCUCCGCCACCACGCACCACAACGGUCGCCCGGUGUACACCAUUGUACACUCGACGUCGCUGUACAGUCGAGAGGUGACUUGGUACCGGUUUCAGGUUUAUGCUACUGUCCCUCUAUCACAACAAUCUAUGCCGAUGCUCCACAUUUCAUUCCACGCUCACAACAUGCAGAGUCCUGAAACCUUCACGCCUCAAUACAGGAACCUCGUCAACUCUAUGCCCAGCUACUUCAACAUAGCCAGUACUAUGAGCUUUAGGUAUAACUAUCAGUUUUAAGAAAAGCGUCGACCCAUCGGUAUCAUAAUUAUGU